CAAAAAAUAAAACCAAAAGAAUCCAUCCAUGCUGUUUUGUGGGCGUACAGGAAAACUUCGUCUUUUCUCCUUUCUUGAUCACCAGCCUCCCCUGUUUUCCUGUACGCCGAACUCCGUGAAAUCUCCCACUUUCUUUCUCCUUAGCCAUGCACGCCAAUACCCAUAAUUUCCUUUUUCUUGUUUGUCUACCUUUCCUCUUGAAUUCCCUCCAUGUACGGAGCGGGGAGAUAGACUCAUUGGUCUUGAGCUCUGGUAAUGGCGGCACCGACACAGAUGGAAGGAAAUGGGUUCCAGAUUCUACGUACCUUGAUGCAAAAAAUUCAGUUACCUCCACCGCCCAGUUCCAAGAUCCGUCACUUACCUCUGCGAUUCCAUACACGACAGCAAGGAUUUUCCCAUCCGAGGCGACGUACAAGUUCCCAGUGAAGUUAAAUAAGCGUUACUGGCUUAGGCUCCAUUUUUAUCCGUCGGCCUACGGCAAUUUCAAUAUGGCAGACUCCUAUUUCUCAGUUGUCGCGAAUACUCUCACGCUCUUGAACAAUUUCAGCGCUUCGAUUAAUUGUCAGGCCCUUUCACAAGCAUACCUUGUGCGGGAGUAUUCCCUCGCGCCAUCGGAAUCGGAGACUCUGACUGUCGUCUUCAAGCCUUCCGAUAAGCAUGCCGGGGCUUUUGCGUUUGUCAAUGGGAUCGAGGUGAUUCGAAUGCCAGACUUGUUUGACGCUGCAGCAUUGGUGGGGUCGCCUGAAGAAUUUGAUCUCAACAGCUUGACGACGGAGACCAUGUAUAGAUUGAAUGUCGGAGGGCAGUAUAUCUCUCCGGCCAACGACUCCGGUCUUUUCCGAGCGUGGUACGACGACUCACCGUAUUUAGCCUACGCUGCAUUGGGGGUCACCACUUCGGCUAGCCCAAAGACUAAGAUCGAAUAUAGAGGUAUGCCUGUAUACAUAGCUCCGGAAGAGGUUUAUAGAACGAGCAGAUCAAUGGGCGUAGUCAAGAGUAUCACAAAGAGUUUCAACCUCACAUGGCAGUUCAAGGUUGAUCCAAAGUUUAUGUAUCUUGUAAGGUUACAUUUCUGUGACUAUUCCAACAGCAAACUGAAUCAGCUGGUGUUUUCUAUCUUCAUCAACAAUCAAACAGCAGAGGCUAUGGCGGAUGUGAUUGCAUGGAGUGGGGGGAGAGCAGUGCCAACCUACAAAGAUUACGUGACAUAUGUGAAAGAGGGGUUGGGAAAUGAGAGACCGACGCUUUGGUUGGCAAUUCAUCCCUCAGAAGCAGCAAAGCCUCAGUUCUUAGACGCAAUGCUCAACGGUCUAGAGAUAUUCAAGCUCGGUGACUCGGCUGGCAACUUGGCAGGUCCCAAUCCUCAGCCUGUACGUUUGCCUGCCGUGGAUGAGGUGGAGGCAAAGACUUUUGCUAAAUCAAACGGCGACACAAAAGUUUUGGUGAUCGGUGCAGCUGCUGGAGGAGCCGCAGCCAUUGGCAUUGUGGCUGCAAUUGGUAUCGUUCUACUCUACAAUCGAAAGAGACGAAUCCUUGGAUCGGAAUCACAUGCUUCCCGCUGGCUACCAAUCCAUGGAAACUCCCAAACGACGACUACCACCAAAUCAACCAUCUCAGGGAAGAGUACUGCCAGCAGCGGAAUCUCAGCGGCGGCUCAGGGACUGUGCCGCCACUUCUCGUUGGCGGAGAUCAAACAAGCUACAAAGAACUUUGAUGAGUCGAAUGUCAUCGGGGUUGGAGGCUUCGGGAAGGUGUAUAAGGCAGUUAUCGACGCAGCAGGGAUUAAAGUGGCAAUCAAGAGAUCAAACCCAUCUUCAGAACAAGGAGUUAAUGAGUUCCAGACAGAAAUUGAGAUGCUUUCUAAGCUGAGACACAGGCAUUUGGUGUCUCUGAUAGGGUUCUGUGAGGAAGAUAAUGAGAUGUGCUUGGUUUAUGACUACAUGGCGCGUGGGACUCUUAGGGAGCAUAUCUACAAGUGUAAACAGCCUCUUCCAUGGAAGCAAAGAUUGGAGAUUUGCAUUGGAGCUGCAAGGGGACUUCACUACCUUCACACAGGUGCCCGGUACACCAUUAUCCAUAGAGAUGUUAAAACAACAAACAUUCUCUUGGAUGAGAAUUGGGUUGCCAAGGUUUCAGAUUUUGGGCUCUCCAAAACAGGACCAAAUAUGAACAAUGGCCACGUUAGUACAGUGGUGAAGGGUAGCUUUGGUUACCUGGAUCCUGAAUACUUCAGGAGGCAACAGCUGACUGAGAAAUCCGACAUCUACUCAUUUGGUGUUGUCCUUUUCGAGGUCUUGUCUGCAAGGCCUGCGCUCAAUCCCAGCCUUCCAAAGGAGCAGGUUAGUCUUGCAGAUUGGGCACUCCACUGCAAAAGAAAAGGAACACUGGAGGAUAUCAUUGAUCCUCAUGUCAAGGGAAAGAUCAAUCCAGAAUGCUUGAAGAAGUUUACAGACACAGCUGAAAAAUGCUUGGCUGAUGCUGGAUUUGAGCGCCCUUCAAUGGGUGAUGUGUUGUGGAAUCUUGAGUUUGCUCUCCAGUUGCAGGAAAAUCUGCAGGAUGGCUCAAGCCGUUCUUCGAGAGGCGGGGAAAGUGAUGAGACCUCUGAAGAAAGCCUGAGAAACCGUAACAUGGCAAUGCAUUACAGGAACCUUAACAUUGGAAGUGAGUAUGAAGGGAGUGAUCAAGGAUCCAGCGGAACCAGUGCAAUCUUCUCGCAGAUUGUCGAUCCUAAAGGACGAUAAGAAGGAUGACAAUGGAAGAAGCCAUGGAAUCCCAAAGGGGUUUACUUCGGAAGGGUGAUGCUUUAUUGUAUGAAUUAUGUGUUGGGUUUGUUUUGUUUUUUACAUUUUAGUAUCAAAUGUUGAUCAGGCUAUGAGAAAGAAAAAAGAAGAAAGUACAGCAACUUUGU